AUGCGGACCUGGAGAGUGCAUCCCAGGCUCGACUUCAAUGGUGACAUUAUAAAGAUUGCCACCGUUGUGGCGUUUCAUCUUUCGGAUCUCGCAGUUCCAUCUGUCCCCGCUGACGUCCUGGUAGAACUCAGCGUAGAAGAAGACGUCCUCACCAGGAACGAGUGCUGGGAAGAGCCGCCUGUUAUAGAACCUGCAUCCAACAAAUAA